UCGCCUCCCCCGACAGCAACAGCGACUACGGUGGCGACGGACUCUAUCGAUGGCGACAACGACGCGGCGGCGGUCGCGGACGAGCGCGGCGUCGGCGGCGGUCGCGGACGAGCGUGGCGUCAGCGGCGACGGUCGCGGACGAGCGCGGCGGCGACGGCGGCGGAUGCGGACGAGCGCGGCGACGGCGGCGGCGGCGGCAGCGGACGCGGAUGAGGGCGGCGGUGGCGGAGGUCGCGGUCGAGGGCGGCGGCGGACCACGCACGCGGAAGGUUCCCCUUCAGAUUCCAUCAUUGAAGAAGCAGAUAAACCACAAGAACCAUCGUCCACGCUGGGAGGCAAGGCAUCAUCAGUCAAGCAGAAGCAAUAGCUAGGUUGGCGCAUGCCGUAGGCUGGGUUAUCGACUUCCUGCCUGAGAAGAACUUUACGAAGCAAGAGCAAGGCAUGAAGUGUGUUUUUCUUUGAUUCAUGUGCUCUUAACAGUGUUACUUACAGAUCUAUCAGGCUUUCAGGAAACAUAUAUGCUCUUUAUCCCACUAAGGUAUAAUAUUUUCUUUUCUCUCUCCAUCGAUUGUGUAUAUAGAUUCCACUGUUGGAUAGCAGUCCCACGAUGCAUCUGCAUGAUGAUUCAUAUAAUUGGCUAACCAGUGUGCAGUUUUUAUCAAUGUGUAAUUUACUGGAUACUCAAUUAUGCAGAUGCCAUGCCCAGCAAUUGUAUAAGAACUGUAAGACUUGAUCAAUGUUUUUUUUAAUGUAUAUGAUUGGCAUUGUGGUUUUCUGUAGGCUUCUGUCAGACUUGAUCUGUUGAAACCAACCACAAAUGUGCUACCCUUUUUUCCGGUCAUGGUGCUGCUACCAUAUUCAUAUGCAAAAGAAGAAAUACUCUGUUGCUUAAAUAAGGAACGCUUUCUUUUUUCAUAUAUAAGUAGUAUUCAUAUUCUUCUAUCUCAUAUUACAGUUUUGCUCAUAUGGAAAUAGAGAUAGUUAGAUGAAUAAAUUUGAAGAUCGUCAUGGGCUCAUUAAUUCAUUGUGGCCUUACUUUCAGGUUCUUACCUACCUUUCCCUCAGGCAAGUGUGCUACAAACUUUUUGGUGACAAAAGAGAGUUUAUAUAUGUGGUCCGGGGCACAUUUAUUUUCUUUAGUGAACCAACUUUACACUGAGAUUUAUGCUACAUGUCUUCCUUCACAGUAGAAUUAUUAUCGGUUUUGAUGUUUUUAGUACUUAUAGAAUGGACAUCUCAAUCAGAAUGUUUCUUCCAAACUGACGAACAGAAGUUUUUUUUUUCAUGGUGUUUGCUGGACUUACAGGUCAAAUGCUAUUUUAUUUUUUGGAAGUCGAUUGACAAACCGUGCAUUCAUCUCCGCUCAUCUCCAAAUGAUAACAUAAAAUCUAUUACGUAAUUUGUUGUUUGAUAACUUUAGAGUAGUGAUAACUGGUAUUUUUAUUUUUCUCAUGAUGGGUUUAUAAUUUUACCUUUGAACAGUUCUUUGACUAUGUGAUUGUCUGGCCUAGGUGACGUUGGUGAUGAGCUGUGAGCAUACACUUCUAUAUCUUAUUAUUUUUAGUUCUAAAAUUAAUUAUGCUGUACUAUUCUUUGUUUUCAGAAAUUGAAUGGUUUGUCAGAUUUUUAUUCAAAAAUAUUAUAUUUUCUUUUCACAAAUUGAACAUAGAGUACCGUCUCACACGCUGCUCAUCAUGUUUUUUAUACUUUAAUGUACACACGAACUAUAUAGUUAAUGCUAUUUUUCUUCUUUCAUUAAGCCAUACCAUUUUAAUUAUUUAUAGCUCUAUGGUCCACAUUGUCCUUUGUGUCCCAUCAUCUUAGUUUUUUCCUUUAGACGAUCAAGCAAUAUUUGAUCUAAAAUAUCAUAAAGCAAAUCAUCUCAAUUGCUUAUAGUUUUCUCGAUGAUUAUAAAAUAUGCAAUUAUAUGAAGCAUACAAAAUCGUGUCAUUUAGUUGAAAGAACACAUCUUCAUCUUAUAUUUAUUUUCUAUGUUUAUCAUACGAAAUUCCCGUAGCAAUGCGCGGGGUUUCAUCUAGUAUAAAAAGGAGGAGUUGCCCCCCUCCAAUCCCACAUGCUAAAUCACCCGGAUCAAUCCCUACCGUCCAUCCGUAUCUGCAUCGCCAUGAUCUACGAUCCCUACCGUCCAGUGUCCACCACGAUUUCACCCUCUCCACCGCGCAAACACCGCGAGAAGACUACGCCUCCGCGCUACUCACUCCUCGCGUGUACGGCUCCGCUGCCUCACUCCACCGCUGCCCCUGCCAGAGCCGAGUUCUUCUCCAGCCGUCGUCGCCGCACUCCACCGCUGCCCCGCCGGAGCCGAGGUCUUCCCCAGCCGCCGCCGGAACCCGAGACCACCCUUGACGGCACAGAGGUCGUUCCAAGCCGCCACCGCACUCCACCGCAGCCUGCCCCCACCGGCACAAUGGUGGUUCCAUCUUCUGCCGGACCAGUGCCCGGGAUUGCCCCCGACGGUGCCGAGGUCAUUCCCAGCCGCUGCCGCACUCUACCACAGCCUGCCCCCACCAGCCACGAGGUGUGUCCCUACCGCUGUCAGUCUCCUUCUGCCGCAAAUCACAUCAGGAUACCUCCGCAGCAUGCCCCCGCCGGCGCAGAGGUGGUUCCCCCUUCCGCCGGAGCCACGCCCGGGACUUCCCCCUCCGAGGCCGAGGUGGUUCCUCCAUCCACCGGAGGCUGGAGCUGCGUCUGGGCCUGCCCCUCCGGCGCCGAGGUGGUUCCCCGCCCACCUUUGCCUCCCACCUUUUUUUGCUAUUUGUUCCCGAAAGUGCGUUAUGCAGGUACUGUAGAUGCUCGAUAAAAUGCUUACUCGAUGGAACGACGCGACGGCAGGAGGUCACAACUAGGAGUUCAGCGGUUGUGGAGGGGCAAUGAUGUUGGAUUUGGCAGUGCAUAAGGCCCCAGAUUAGUGUCUGCUCCCAUAUGGUUUGUAAAUUGUAAUUCGGAUUCCAGGCAAUCCAUUGAGUUGUGCAGCGGCAUUUCACUCUUCCAGUUGCAAUUGACAUUGUUAUCUAGAUUUUUGAGAUUUUCAUAAAACUCAUCCAGGUCGCUUAAGUUGUGCUGCAGGCAAGCUUCCUGAAUCCUGAGAGAAUUUUGCACAUGUAUUGCACUUUCAGGUUUUAUAAAAAUCUCCACUGUGCCAAAAAUGUAGCACCUACCUGGGUUCAUCUUUAUUUCUCUCACCAAUAUUGCAGUUCAGCAUGCAUAGACACAAUGCAGGUCCCUAUUCAGCUCAAAUUGACAUUCUGGACAUUGGACCACCUCACCUCGCGCCGCGACAUCACCACCGUUACUGCUACAUACAAACUGCUGCAUUCCCCUUUCUGUUGGAUUGUAGCUGGUGGGGGAACAUUGAUUUGUUCUUUAGAAAUUCAGUAAAUAGGCAUUUGUAAGUGUGGCAUCCGAUGGUUAUAUGCUAUGGUCAUUUUUCAUUAAACGUUGACUCAACUUUGUGGUAUGUUUUCAGUUUUGUUUAGCCAUUAAACUUUGGAGGAACUACAGACUAAACUUGUAGAUGCAGAGGCCAUAAUAGAUUUGUAAGAGGCAAUGGAUUUUAGUAUUCAGUAAUCUUGAUUUCAGGUAAAUUAAAUAUCAUUGCACAAUCAAGAAAUAUAUUUUGUUAAUGUUUGCAAUAACUUGAAUGGUGGUAACCUUCUGUUUCAGCUUGUCAAUUUGAUGCGUGAUUGGGUUUUCAGGGUCAGAGCAACAAGCGUGAAUGCGUGAUUGAGCGGAUACACUACUGAGGUUCUUGAGAGUAAAUAUAAUGUUGUAUUUCUUCUUUCAUAAUUAACAUUUUCACUAAUAUAUUUCAGCAAUUUACAUGGUAUGGAUGUCCUUCUUUAGUAUAUUUACUUUUGUUAACUAUAUAAAAUUACAUAUAUGCCAAGUUGUUAUAUAUUUUCAGAAAGCUUGCAUUAUUCAACGAGUUCAAUGAUAGGAGGCUAGAUAUAUAGAUUAAAUUGAAUGGAAUUAUAUUUAACUAUCUCUGGAUGGUGCUUCAUGCCUCCAUGUGAUGUUCAUGUCAUAUUGCAGGUACUCAUCAUUGAGUUUCUUGGCAAGAUCGAUCAUGGUGACAUUUAGACUAAACCGACAGACAUGGUUGUGUCAAUAGCUCUUGUUUUACAUGGACCUGUAAUGCAAAAGGCCAAACUGAAUUACCUUAUUUUACACCAAUAUUUCAGGUUCGUUUCCUUUUUCUCUGAAUCAACAUGAUCAAUUCUUGGUUUGAUUCUUUACAUGAAAUGUACAUAUGGUUUGGAAAGACCAUACAUGAUUAUCAUACAAUCAGACUAGCAAGACGUUGAUCAGUUAGUUCUCAUGAAUACUGUCUCUUAAUAAUUCUCUUGUUGCUCAGAUGUUUGCUGCAUCUGUUCAUCCAUCUGCAUGAGAUGUUCAUAAGUAUUGUUCAUUGCUUCUGUCGUGUUACAGACUUGAUGGGGGUUCCCAAUUCUUUGUUUUAAAUUUUAAAUCAUUUUGAGCUUUCCGGAUGUGCCAGAGCAUGAUUAGCAUUUUCUGCAGAACAAGCAUGUAGGCCAAAAAUAUCAUGUAUACUUUGCAAAGACAUAAAGCAAUAUAUUUUCAUGUUAAAGUCAGAAUUAGACCAAAUCAGUCUACUAAAGUAGCAGUGGAGGAAUAAAUGCUUUUCAUCUUCUUAUUGCCCACAUAUCAUAUAUGAUGAGCUGAUGGCACUUAUCCUAUCAUUCCUAUGAUGAGGUUCUGUUCUGUUGGCAAAGCUCUCCUGCAUGAGAAAUCUCAAGCAAAUGUGUGCACCCUAGGAGAAACAAAUUUGUGUUUCCAAGUCUAUAUCAGAAUAUUAACAGUUAAAGUAUUUACCUGGGUUUGUCGUGGAUGCAGUUUGGUGAAGAGGAAUGUUUCUAGCAUAGCUUGUCUUCAGUGUCUUGCUGAACUAUUUGUUCCUGCAUGAUAGCUUGCACAGCGGCACUGUUCAAAAUUGAGAGAAUUUUUUUGUUCAUCCCUGUUUUUAUUAUGAUCCCAAAGAUCACCACAUUGUCUGACAUUUGAGAUGGAAGAAAGAUAACAUUAAGAUGAUCAUUUUGUAUGUUGUCCCAAACUGAGCACAAUGGCUGAUUUCAGAUAGAAACAUCACCUAUUGUCAGUUGCCAGGCUGAAGCAUUAGAAGGGACUUGUCUUAUUUUUAAUAUUGAAGCCCAACGGGUAGAUCUUGGAAGAUUAUUUGGGGUUUUCCAAAAAGAAGUGUUUGAAAAAUAUUUUGAUUUUAAGAUUAGAGACAUGAAGCUGUCUUGAUCAGAGGCAAUUCUCUAGGCAGUUUGGAUUAAGAUGCUUUGAUAACCUGCCUGCAAAUCUCUAAUACCGAGGCAACCUUCAGAAAUUGGCUCUAUCUACAAAUGCCAUUCCAAGAUUUAAGAUGCAUAUACAUUUCUCUCCUCCAACCUUUUGAAUGCCAAUCCAUCAGAACUUUCUAACGACAGCUAUGAGCUUUGAAAUAAGGGUUUUGGAAUGAAGAAAUGUCAACACAGAAUGGAUGACAUUUUCUGAGAGCUAACCUUCCAAUACGACGUCUAGAGCAUGUUCUAUAAGGACUUAUUGGUGGUCUGGUGGAUGGCUUUCCAGUUGUACAUUACAAACUAGGUUACUGAGCGCGUGAUGUAUAUACUUAUAUCGUGAGCAUUAAUAUGAUGAAAAAAUGUGUUAUUUGAAACCUUCUAAACUUUUAA